UGUGAAAUCUACUACCGGAAGUGUUUAGAGUUGAGUUGAACCGUGCAGACUGCCGUUUUUAGCUGACACUACAAGACACGACCACGGCAGAGAUGUGGUGGGUGGCGUGGGUCCUCGCUGUUUUAGUGUUUCUCUUCAGCACUCUGGAUGUGUGGUACUUCCUGCGAGYGGGCGCCGUUCUUUUGCGGGCCUGGUUUCAACCUCCGGUGUGGGACGUCACGGGAGAGCAGGUCAUGACGGGACGCGUCACUCCACGCGACAUCGACAUGUGCCACAUGAACAAUGCCCGGUACCUCCGGGAGUGCGACUUCGCCCGCUUCUCUCUCUACAUGCGUAACGGUGUGUUCAAAGCAACGCGGGCCCUCGGAGCCAACCUGGUGGUGGGGGCCACAACCAUCCGCUACCGCAGGGCUCUGUGUAUAGGAGAGGGUUACGAUCUGUGCAGUCGGAUCGUCACUUGGGAUGACAAAGCUUUUUUCCUGGAGCAAAGGUUUGUGUCCACUAAAGACAGACUGGUGUGUGCCGUCAUGUACUGCAAGCAGAGUGUGAUACGCAGCAGUCCUGACAAGAUCUUACAGCACCUGUGUAAAAGGAAGGUGGAGCCUCCUGAGUUUCCAGAGGACCUGCAGCAUUGGGUCAACUUUAUUUCUGCCAGCAGCCAGGCCCUGAGAGCUGAGAGUGGCCUUGAGGAGAAGAACAAAUAGUUGGACGGACAGUAUGUCGGCCUGAGACGCUCCAUCGUCUCAGAGAGAAAUUAAUAAUCUGCACAGUUAUGUCACUACUUCACUGUUGAGCCUGUUCUUUGCACUAAGGGUACUUUGAACCCAGCAUUUAAAGAUGUAACACAGGAAUAUUGGUGUACAUUGCAUUGARAAUGUACAGAUGUACGCCGUUACAUCACAACUUUUGUAACUGUAAAUAUCUAACAUAUGGCAGGUUUUAUAGCAGCAGCAAUAAAACUUAUCUGUGGGUUAAGGUGUGAGUUUCUUACUGGAACAAAAUGUGCUUUUAAAGCAUACAAAUAUUAGAAAUAAAAAUGACUACUUGAGCUUUAA